AUGUCUUCCGCCGACGCAAAGCCUGCUACUGAGACCAAGGAGGUCGUCACCGACAUCACUAAUCCCGAUGUCUUGACCAAGUACAAGAACGCUUCCGACAUUGCCGCCCGCGUCCUCGUGCAGGUUAAGGAACUUUGCAAGGACGGUGCCAAUGUCCUCGAGGUCUGCAAGAAGGGUGACGAGCUUUUAGAUGCCGAGAUUGGCAAGAUCUACAAGGGAAAGAGCAUUCCCAAGGGUAUUGCUUUCCCUACCGCUAUCUCCCCCAACAACGUCGUCUGCCACUUCUCCCCCCUCGCUUCCGACCCCGAGUCUUCCCUUACUUUGAAGGAGGGUGACCUCGUCAAGAUCUCCCUCGGUGCCCAGAUCGACGGUUACGCCGGUGUUCUCGCCGACACUUACGUCGUCGGCGGUGCUGAGGUUGAGGGCAAGAAGGCCGAUGUUCUCCUCGCUGCUCACCUCGCGUCCGAGGCAGCUAUCCGCAUGGUCAAGGUUGGUGGAAAGAACUGGGAAAUUACCAACGCCGUCGAGAAGAUCGCCAAGGCUUUCGGUUGCACACCUGUUGAGGGCAUGCUCUCUCACCAGCAGACUCAGAACGUCAUCGACGCCAAGAAGCAGAUCAUUCUCAACCCCUCCGAGCAGCAGAAGAAGGACUUCGCCACCCACACUUUCGAGGAGAAUGAGGUCUACGGUAUCGACAUCCUGAUCUCCUCUUCCGAGGGUAAGGUCCGUCGCAUUGACGCCCGUACCACCAUCAUGAAGCGCAAUGGCGACAUGAAGUACCAGCUCAAGAUGGCCGCCUCAAGAAAGGUCUACUCUGAGAUCCAGAAGAAGUUCGGUGCCUUCCCAUUCACCAUCCGUGCCCUUGACGACGAGAAGACCGCCCGUAUGGGUGUCAUUGAGUGCCAGAAGCACGGACUCUUGACCCCUUACGAGGUUUUGUACGAAAAGGACGGAGAGUACGUUGCGCAGUUCUUCACUACCAUCGCUAUCAACAAGAACGGUACUACCAAGUUGGCUGGCCCAGCUGCCGUUGAUGUUACCAAGCUUAAGACUGAGAAGAAGUUGGAGGACGAGGAGUUGUUGAAGAUCAUUGCCGCCCCCUUGAAGGCGUCCAAGAAGAAGAACAAGAAGAAGGCUGAGGAGAAGACUGAGGCUUAA